CGCAGGCCACGUCACUCAGCUUUUUGUCCCGCGGAAGUGACGACACAUUACUCCGGCCAAUUGCGGCGCCGGAGGUGCUGUGUGCUUCAGUUGUAUGGCUGACGGAUGGUAGCAGAGUGAGGUGCCGGUGUCAGUGAGCGGCAGACAUGUCUGUUCUGUACGCGCUGGCCUGGCGCCUCGUACACGUGGUGUUGGGGGCACAGCGGGCUCUGCUGGCCUGGCUCCAGCUCUGGCAGUGGAGAGUAUGGAGGGCGGCGGGCGCUCUUCUCCUACCGCCGGACAUCGCCUUCCAGAGGAGGAAAGGCCCGCACGGGGACUGCCACCUGCGACAGGAGGAGAACUGGUGCCAAUGCCUGGGGGACACCGCGGACAGCUCUUCUCUGAGGCGGCGCUGUGACUGCUCUUACCUGCACCGGGAUCUCCUCCAACAUCGGAGAGACCGAGCUAAGCUCCACAAGAUGCCCGUCCACCUGGCACUGCUCUUCGCAGAGGAACAACACAGCUUCACGGACGUGGCUAGCCUGGUGGUGUGGUGUAUGGCCCUGGGCAUCUCCUAUGUCAGUGUCUACGACCAGAGAGGGUUCUUCAAAGAAAAUACUUCUAGACUUAUGGAUGAAUUGUUAAAACAGAAAGAACUAUUGGGAGAUGAAUGUUCAAAGUAUCCACUAGUAUAUGCAAAUGGCAGCACUGACAAAAAUGAGAAAGUGAUUCGCCAUUUACCCGUGUUAAAGGUGCUAUCUCCAGAGGAUGGGAAGACAAAUAUUGUGAAAGCUGCACAGAAUUUUUGUCAACUUGUAGCCGAGAAAGACAAGAGACCAUCAGACUUGGAUGUUGAAUCGCUUGAUCAUCUAUUAAGAAGUACACACAAUUUCCCAGACCCUGACUUAAUAUUAAAAUUUGGCCAUAUAAACAGCACACUAGGUUUUCUGCCAUGGCACAUACGACUUUCAGAAAUUGUUUCUUUACCAUCGCAUGUGAAUAUCCAAUACGAGGACUUUUUCUCCGCACUCAGCUGCUACGCAGGCUCUGAACAGCGAUUUGGAAAAUGACCUUACUUCCUGUUGGGCCAAUCCUGGCUCCCUUUCAGAGGGGCUCGAUGCAUCUGUUUACGAACAAGCAGUCUGUGGCUUUAGACACACUGAUUCUUGGCACAGAACUGAUCUUAUUUGUCAUACAUCUGUUAUUUACAGUGUCUAAAUGAUGCACAGACUGAGAUCUGUCAGCAGCCGAAUCAGGGACAUUUAGAUGAACGUGACAAAAUGAUGCCCAUUUGCACAUGUGGGCAGUACUUUCAUGUACAUUAAGAGCUUGAUUGUGGAGUCCAGCUUUUUUUGUGUUAAGGGCAUCUGAAGCAGAUCCCUGCAAUUGCUGGGUACAUUGAGAACAUCCAUUAUGACUACCUAUGAAGUAAGUGUUUCAGGCAUUGUUCCGUCCAGCUGUUUUCUAUAUUCGGUCAGCGAGUGGACUAUGGGUGUGUUGCUUCUCAACCUACUUCAGAUAUUUGGAAUGUAACUAUUGGAAAAACAAGGACGCAUGCUUCACAGAACCAAAAAUAGCUUUUGUUGUACAUGGACAUUUAAACAUCUCCCUGUCGGCAAGAAGUAUUUUUUGCUGUGAAAAAGUAACCAAAUAUGUAUUUUAAAUUCAUAUUUUUGGUCUUGCAUUCAAUAAGUUACAUGGCAGAAAAGUCAUGAAAACUGUUUAGAUAUUUGAAUCAGUUGCACUAAAUUUACAUGACAACCAAUUUUUUUUUUUUUUUGUUUUAAAGUUAUAAUUUAUAAUAAAAAUCAAAAUUGGGUUUUCCAGAGCUACCAUCUUAUUGUCUAUAGGGCAUUUUCUCACGUUGGACUCUGUGUAUUUGGUUUUAGAGGUUCACAUUGCCCCAAUCUAGAAUAAACAAAAGCAGUAUAAUUAUGUAAAUUAUGUAAAUCAUGUAAAACUUGGAAUAUUAAUUUAUUAUCAAGCUGAGCAAUGAGAAUACAACAAAGUAGCAGAAAAUCCAAUCCCCAUCAGCCCCUUCAACAAACAAAACUUCCGUUAUUCAGGACUUCUGUCUGGCCAGCAACAUGGUCACUUAACUUUCUAGCUGCCCGUCUUGCUAUUGAUAGUUUUUGGCUCUGCUUUUAUGUAUUCAGUUCCCUGCGUUAAGCCAUUUUUACAUUUUUGUAAAUGCUGGUGUAAUAUGACAGCAAAUUGAUAAACAUUUAAUAAAAAGUACAAAGAGCUAUAGUGUACAGUGACCCACCGACAGUGAUUUUCAGUUGGUUGCUAUGGAUUAAGUAUACCAUAACUGCUCUUUGCAACAAGCCUAAAAUACAUUUUACUAUGGUAGAAUAUAGUGUUGUCAGCUGUAGCAAUUGACUGUUGUUCUGUGAGAAACCUAAAGAAAAAAACACUAUAGUUGCUCCAAGCAACAUCCCUUUUCCUGUCGAUUAUUAAAACGGUUCAUCGGGUUUAUUUGAUCUUUUUUAUUCUAUUUUGUCAAGCUGUAUGUUUUCUUUGAAUGCGUCCAGUUGGUUGCCAUGUAAUGCUUAGAAAUCUCAAUAAUGGAAGAAGGGUCCAAGUGAUAAAUGCUGCCUGCAGUAGCCUCUGCUUAGCUGCCAUGGUCGGUUGAUGCAGAUCUUGCCUGAAUUAGGUCUUUUUCAGGGUUUUUUUUUUUUUUUUUUUUACAGCCGUUUCAUAUGUCAAGAUGCAGUAAUGUUCUACAAUCCUGUCCAUGCAUAUUGAAUCUCAAGUGGAGACUGCCACAUCUCUCAAAUCUUUAUACAUUUGUGCCAGAAGGUGAAUAAAACUGUUUAAAGAAAAAGAAACCUCCUCUCAAA